AUGGCCAAAGUGAGGUUAAUUGGACAGCGAGCAGUUGCUGGCUGCGCAGCGCGCGCUCUUCGAUCUGCAUGCUCACGCAGUCGAGCUGACUGGACAGCGACGCUCAGUUGUCUUGCGAAGAACGCUGGAGUUACAGACGCGUCGCUGAUUGGCACUGCAGGCCACCUUACGAUCCAGCGGUCACGCCCCCAAAAGUGGCAGACCUACUCUGGCGUGGAUCGCUCGAGGGAUCUCGGAGCAGCGCCCUUGAAUUGGAACAGCGCGAUGGAGCUCCUCGAGUCGCACUUCAUUGUUGACUACUUCGUUGACUUCCUGGAAACACGGUCAGAAUUUGACCGGCUGUGCAUUCAUUAG